AUGACGCAGUACGAAGACUUGUUGGACUAUCAGUGUGGUUAUUGGUGUUAUCACUACGAUGCUCUCAAUGGUGAGCGCAGCUAUUGCCAGCUGCACAUUCCACUGCCUGUCCUGUGCAUGUGCGCCACCUUUUUAGGACCGCCCGAUGGUCAUUUGCUUUUCCGUGGGCACCACUCACUAAUGCGCAUUGUCCACCGGUUAUCGGUAAGGCGAGCAGUAUGUCUUGCUGUCGGAUUUUACCUUCUGGCGUUGACGUGA